CCGGAGGGAUGGUUUGUCAGCUGAUAAGCACAUGACAUCUGAUAAAGCUGAGCGCUUUUCGUCAUGUACGUGCUACCGGGGGCCACAUGUCCACGUCUUUGAUGAAUCUUUCGUAAACAACGCGCUUCAAACUGCUUUAAAAUGAAGCGUAUUGCUACAUCAAAGCGAGCAGACGACGCAAGUGGUUGCUGUUGCGUACGCGCCUUUAGCAGACGCACCCGCGUCAUGUUGCUUCUUUUACUCGCGCUAACUCUAGAAGUCGUCCCUGCGUCGAGCGGCAGCGUACCCAUGCGUGUCGUGAGGCAAGCCAGCGGCUUUGACGGUGGGUCUGCAGUGCACGGUCAACAGCAUCGGCAGCUGAGCCGGUCCACUCCACGGCCCUUCUCGGGGCCCGGACACUUGAGGCCGCUGCUGGGUCGAUGCUUCAGCCGCACGGCGGCGGGGUACCGCUACACCCUUUGCCCUUUCGACAACGCCACCCAAGCUGAAGAAAGCGCCCGCUGGAACGCUUACAGCGGCGUCCUCGGUGUCUGGCAAGGCUGGUCAGCAGCUAAUGGGAGCCUCAGCGGCAUGCACUAUGGCAAUGGCGACAGCUGCGGCACCCUGAACCGCUCUGUGGAGGUGCGCCUGAGCUGCGGUCGUCCCCAGACGUCCCUGGCAGAGGUGAGCGAGCCCGAACGCUGCCACUAUGCCAUGGUGCUGAGCACCCCCUUGGUGUGCCACCCGGACGCGCUGCUCGUUUGGCCCACUCUGUCUGACCAGCAGAAGCAGCGAUGGAGUCUGGCCGACAGCCGGCUGUACUCCGGAGAAACCACCGUCAAGGGCCAUGCCGUAGAGCUAGCACAGAUUUUGUGGGAGGCCGGUCUCGGCGUAGCACCGCCUCCGGCGGCAGCGCGGCCUGCCUUCGCUGACAUGGCCGUCCAGUGUCACAGGGUGAGUUCUAGACAGUUCGUUCUCCGUGGUCCCAGAUGUUGGCGACACCGAGCUUGGCAACUUGGGCGGUCCUUUCACUGCAGGCUUACGAGGAGCUGGCCUAGGGGCGCAUAAAUGGCUGGUGCAGGACCUCGUGAAGCCGACGAGCCUGAAAAUGAGGAAAUGAAACCGUGACUCGUCAAGAACAGGGCACUACAUCACCACAGCUGCUGUUUGUUCUUCAAGAUCACAGCUCACCCAUUCUUCAGUGUUUCGCGCAAUCGGGUCAGACCUUAGCUCUGUUUUCGAGUCAGCCAACAUGGAUGAGAACCUUCUUGGGUAUGUAGAGUACAAUCCACUGUUAAGGGAACACUUAAGUAAUAAGUGCAAUACAGUCAAACCUCGACAUAACAGAAUUAUCGAGUAUAACAAUUUAACAAUGUAUGUAUAUCGAAGAUGUUCCUUGUCAAUAUCAGCAUGUAACAAUGUUUGAGAUUAUAACUGGACCAUUUCUUCGCCCUCGUCUGAAAGAAAUGGCUGAUCUAGUCAAAUGGACGUACAUCUAUACAUAAGUAAUUCCUCUGUGGGCUUUUACACAUAUCUCACUCAGCGAGAAUCAACGGUAGAAUAUACUAACGUGUUCCCUUCAACAGUGAACUGUACUGUACAUUCACCUUUGCUAUAGACUAUUCACUUUCGUCUGGCAGCCUAAGACGCUGUGCCGAACUGUGCGAGAUUGACCAAUUAGUGUGGAGAACCUGCACCAAAGACAUCCCUUUAGCAAGCAACAUGUUGUUGUUUCCUUAUAAUGUGGAACUAGUCAGGGACCCGCAUGUCUUGUCAUGCGGCAAAUUGCCCAUGUUUGGCAUUAGGGCUCGGAAAAUGCUGUCACGCUAUGCAAGUGGCUUGCUGCCAAAGGUCACAAAGUCCUUUUUCAAUAAAAAUGUUAUUACUUGCUA